GUACCAAGAGAGCGGAAUAGAACCUAUUAUUAUACUUCGCAGCACCUUGCAGGGACAGCAUAGUCGCGAGUCUCGCAAAGCCCGUGAUUUCGACAACUUCAGGAUAAAAAACUCCACAGUUUCAGUAUGGUUGUUACUCGAUAUUCAAUGACAAAAUACGUUCAUCUGGUAUCUGUUUAAUUCGCGGAGCAACUUUGGAAAUCUGACUUUUCUUUUUCCGGCUGAUGCGAUUUAUAUUACUAGAGGAAUGAUGUGGACCUUGCAUGACGGAAUUGGAUUUGUUUUCUUUUCUGGUUUGUGUGUCCAGAUGGGGUUAACUCUUCAAGGAAGGUUUACCAAGAUCCCCGCCAACAUAACAGCUAAAGUGGGGCAGAACAUUGAAAUGGAGUGCGCCUUUCAGAGCGAAACCGCCUCGGUGUAUUUGGAGAUUCAGUGGUGGUUUAUAAGAGCACCAGAGGAGCCGAGCGACAGCGAGGAGACGGCCACAGAGAUGGACAUCAUACCGGAAGUUGACCCAGAUGAUGAAGGAACCAAGAUAAGUACAGUGAAAGUGCAGGGGAACGACAUCUCCCACCAGCUCCAGAGAUUCCGGGUGGACAAGAGUGACGAGGGCCUGUACGAGUGCCGCGUCAUUGACGCCAACUACGGGGAGCUGCGGGAAUACAAGGUGCAGGGCUACCUGCAGGUCAAUGCCACGACGCGGCCUCGGCCACCCAGCAAGACGUCCCCGCUGCACCUGACGGACAAGAAGCCCCGUAAGAGUGGCGCGAUGGCCGGACAGGACAGCGGUAUGAGCGCUGACCAGCGCGCCUCCAGCUCCACCUCCCAGAUGUCCUCGUCCAAAACGAUCCACCAAAACCCAGGCUCAGGUACACGGAUAGCCUCACGCCACGGACUUGCUACCCUGCUUCUCACAUGCGGCUUUGUGAGGGGAGCUCUGCUAUAGUUUCAAGUGCUGACUCUUUUCUCUCUCCUUAUCCCACAAAACCCCAAACAUACACACACACACACACGUACGCACGCACACGCACAUGCACACACGCACGCACACAGGCACACAAGCACACCCACACAUGCACGCACAUGCAAUAUCAUCAUCAUCUCCUCUCGAAGCAAAGAGAAAAUUGCCUGCUAUUUCUAUGGAGUGGACAGCACAGUUGGCCCUUACUUCAAAGCAACCCGGCGACGCAUUCUAAUUACCUUCACCACGAGCACCUUUUUCUACCCUACAUUAGCCAGGAGGAGAGACUGUUGUACUGCACAUUUAAUUCCACACGCCCCAAAACAAUACAGAACCCAUGGACAGAGACACAAAUUCCAUAUUUUGCAGAAGUAUUUUGUUUAUUAUUUUCUUAUUAUUUGUAAUUGUUUUUCUGCAGUACAUUUCAUGUAAUGGUUCAGAAAAUGAAAUACAAAAUCUAUAUUUGUGUUUAUAUUAUAUGAAUAUAUACAUUUAAAAAAGAACACAAUUGUAUACAUAUGUAGAUAGAUCAUUGCUUGACUUAGAAUGCCCCAGUAUCCUGGACGUGCAUAAAGUGAGGAUCUGUGGUCAUUUUUUUUUAUCUCAAUCUGUCCUGUGGUCAGAGGAAGAACAUCCAUUAUAGAUUUGUUUACAGUUUACAGUACACUACGCUUUCAAUGGCUAAUUGAUUUCUGCCGAACUGAGAUGGAGCAGUGGUCAGCGAUACUAGUCUGACACACAUCCCAGGUUGGCCAUACAGGUCAGUGUAGACCACUCGUCAUGUUUGUUUUAGGUCUCUUAUUUGACAUAAUAAAUGUGGGUUGUUUCCUUAUUGGUAUGCAGGUGGCAACACCAAGGCAACAGAAGCCCAUUCACUCUCUCUCUCUCCCUCUUUCUCUCUGUCUGUCUUUCUCCCUCUCUCUCUCUCUGUCUCUCUUUCUCCCUCUCCCUCCCUCUCUCUCUCUCUCUCUCUCUCUCUCUCUCUCCCUCUCUCUCUGUCUCUCUUUCUCCCUCUCCCUCCCUCUCUCUCUCAAACACAGUGUUUUGUGCCACCGUGUUCAUGUGACGAGGUACCAAAUGACAUCAAAGUUGCAACACUGUUGUUUGUUUCCCAUUUCAGUUUUGGAUUAAUAUUCUGUUUGCAUUAAUAUUAUACUCCGUUUGGAUUAAUAUUAUACUCCGUUUGGAUUAAUAUUAUACUCCGUUUGGAUUAAUAUUAUACUCUGUUUGGAUUAAUAUUAUACUCAGGAGGGACUCCUGUACUUCUGGAUAGCCAAGGCAGCCUCCUGUGCCUAUUUCAAAAACAGCUUUUUGGAUUUGAACUUAUCAGGUCAUAUGACACAGUGUAUAUAAACCCAAGAGUUUCCCUUUGGGGAUUAGGAAGGUAUCUGUUGAUAAUGGAUGCGUAUGUCACGUCUUUUAUUAGGAAGGUAUCUAUUGAUAAUGGAUGGAUAUGUCACGUCUUUUAAACUGGGCACAGCUCUGUACUAGACAUGGCAUAUUCUUCUGAUCGUUCAAAUGGAAAGUAACCAGACACAUUAAGAGACAUCACCUUCCAUGUUAUUCAGAACAUAACAUGGUAUAAAGCACAGUGUGGAGGAUACUAAAUGCUGUGAUGUAUUUAUAUCAGAGACAUCUGCUUCAUGAAGCCCCAUACACAACGCCUGACACUCACUGAUACAAGUGUCUGUGCAUAUACCAUGGAUUACAAAACAGAAGAAAAAGAUCAUCUUAAUUAAAAAAAAAAUGCAAUCACUGUGCAUAAGAAAGCAGGCAACAGACAUGCAGUUCACAGAGUGUGAGGAAAGAGAGGUCUGAAUAUGGGAUGGCCUACCAGUCUCACAAUACUCCAUGCCUUGACAAUCGACUUUCCAUGCCAUGACCACCAUUUACAAUACAUGUGCAUAAAGCAUGACUGUCUGAAAUUGCUUUUUUUCCCUCCUUAAGCAUCUGAUACCUAAAUGAAAUGAAGAGGAUCACCAGUCAGGCUUGACUUUUUUAUUUGAAGUUAGCACAAAGCAACAAGGCCCUAUUAUACAGUAUUUGUUAUCAUUCAACCAAAGACAGACACAGGACACAAGUCGCCGAUGCUUUCCUGAGCGUGUUUACUUCUGCCCUCUCCUGCCUCGUGCCACUUUUCAUUCUCAUGCAACAUUCGCUUUUGCUUUCAGCAUUUUCUAAUGCAUUAUAAACAUUACAUGAACAUCCUUGAACCCAUGGCCAAUGUCUAAUGUUUUUGUGAAAUGCCAAUGGGCAGACUCUCUUUUCCGCACUUGGCCAGAAACCCUGCUCACCACUCUCUGCUCUCUCUCCCCCUGCUCGCCCCUCUCUGCUC